AUCAUCCAACAAGGCACCGCGCCACCACCAACAUCCUAUAUUACAUAUACAUUUUCACAGAUUCUGCCAACGACUGCUUCUGCUUCCAAUUUCAAAAAUUGCAGCCAUGGCUUCUUUCAUGGCUCAUGUUUCCUACAAUUUUAGUAUUGGACCUGCUGACUUCUAUCACAACAGCAACUGCAAGUACUUCAGCUUUAGCAGUCAAAUUAUCAGUCACAGGCAAACUUGGUUCACUUGCAUAGGUAAUAAUAGAAAUCACAUUAUGGUCCAUACCAAGAAGCAAAACUGUUCCUCCAUUACCUGUUCUGCCGCUAAUAAGCCUUCCCCUCCUGAAAUCAGUUCUACAGCCAAGAUAAGAAGUGAAGUUCUCUCUCCAUUUCGAUCUGUACGGAUGUUUUUUUAUCUAGCUUUUAUUGCAAGUGGUGCUUUGGGAGGACUAAUAGCAACCACACAACUGAUAGCUGCACUAACAAAUCCAGCAAGAGUAGCUCAAGCCCCAGACAUAUUGAAAGGUCUCGGCAUAGAUAUUGGAGCAGUAUCUCUCUUUGUAUUCUUAUAUUACAGGGAGAAUAAUGCCAAGAAAGCACAACUGGCUAGGCUUUCAAGAGAGGAAAGCCUUUCAAAUCUUAAGCUCCGUGUGGAUGGAAAAAGGAUUAUUUCUGUCAACUCUUUGAGAGGUAUUGCACGCCUUGUAAUCUGUGCUGGCCCUGGAUCCUAUAUUUUGGAGUCUUUUAGACUUAGCGAAGCUUUCACCCAGAGUCUCUUAGAUAGAGGGGUGCUUGUGGUGCCAUUUGCUACAGAUGGGAAUUUACCUAGUUUUGAGUUUGAUGAGAGUGAGGAAAUGAAGGAGGUUACGGCAAAAAGGAAGCGGCUCUGGCAGCUGAAUCCAACCUAUAUUACCGAGUGGUCUAAGUGGUUAGAUGAGCAAAAGAAACUGGCUGGUGUCUCCCUUGAAUCUCCUGUGUAUUUAUCAUUGCGCUUGGAUGGACGCGUCCGUGGCAGUGGUGUUGGUUACCCUCCAUGGAAUGCUUUUGUUGCACAGUUGCCACCUGCAAAGGGAAUUUGGUCAGGUCUUCUAGAUGGCAUGGAUGGAAGAGUUCUUUAGAGAGUUUUAUUUUGUUUCCAGUUUUUUGAGGUUAGCUUCUUCUUUUUGGUUAUGGAGCUAGUUUCUUCUUAAAAUAUCAUAGUUAUCUCCAGUUAUUGUAUUGAUUAAAGUUUUUUUCACUAGCAUCAUGUGGAUUUGAGGUGUCACCUACUUAUCCAUCAUUAGUUAUCUGUAUAAAUCCACUUUCUUUUUUUCAAAAAUUUCCCCUAACUUAUGAAAUGUUGCCAUAAGUUCAUUCCUAUGGCAACAUUCAAUCCGUAUUCUUUAAUUGUUGCUUGGACAGAAGAUAUUGGAUUGUUUUCUCCUCUCAGAUGAGAGACUGGUUAUUCAUGACAAGGAUGAUGCUAAUGAUGCAUAUACAUGUUUUGUACUCAACCUGAUGCAAUAAAACCUCUUCCAGUCUAAUUGGGUUUGGAUGUA